AUGACUUCAACUACGGUGCUUACCUAUGGUGAGCUCUUUGCUCUCAAAACUUCCGGGACGAAAUAUGUGGAGCAUACAGUCACGGAGGUUCUGUCAGAGUCUGAAGAUGGAAGCUCCGAAUGCUCGACCAUCGCAGACCACCUCGCCGAUAAGGUGAUGGAUGUUAUGGAGUCCUACUUCUGGCGGGCCGAGGAUGACGCAGGUCGUGGACACUCGUACUGGCCGGGACGGGAGCGCUUCAAGGGACAUGCUUUGCAUUGGAUUGAACAGAAUGAGCCAGUCCGUAUGGCUUUGCCUGCAUUUCCUUUCAAAUCGACGAACCUAGACAAGGUUCUUGGCGCACUGCCCGAUUAUGCUGAAUAUCUCGGUCUUGCCCGAAUGAAUCAAAUAUGUCUGGAUGUGCAAGAGGUGUACAGUCCAGGGGCUGAGAUUGCCAUUGCCACCGAUGGCGUGGUAUUCAAUGACCUCCUCAUGAUUAGCGAUGAAGAUGUGUGGAACUAUGGUCAAGCCAUUCGAAAAAUGGUCAAGGACCAUCAUUUUGAUCGAAACCUGAAAGUUUUUCAUGCGAUGCAGAUCCUAGGAAUGAUCGACCCGUCAACAACAAGCACCGAUCUCACCGAAGAGGUAUUCUACCAAACUAUCGAUUCUUCCCGCGACAUGAUCAAGGACCGAUACUGUCAACCACUGGAGGUGACAAAAAAGCUUGUUGACGAAGACAUCGAUUCACGUCUAACUUAUAAUGGAAUGAAGACCUUUGUCAAAAUUGACUUGAAGAAUACCUCUGUUUCCAGGAAUGCAGCAAGUAAAAAGGACUACCUCGAAGAGAUGUCCACCUUGGCUCUCAUUAUGAUGGGUCGUUCCGAAGGCUUUGGGCAUCUCAUCCGUGCCGCGAUGCCACACCAUAUUAGGCUUUCUAUUCAUCCUUCAUACGGGACAGCAAAGUUAUCUAUCUGUCUUGUACCGCAGCUGCCAGGUUUCACUGCCCGGGCACCUUGGAUGAGCUGUAUUGCUACCGACACAGAUGGAGCACACCAAACAGCCCAUGCUAAGGAUGUUCGAAUCACCCAUAAACUAAUCUAUGAGAAUGGAAUGCCGUGGAAGUAUGUUGAGCGAGAAACUCUUCCAUUACCAGAGAACAUCUUGUCGCGAAACGCAAUGUUUGAGGAUCUAUGGCAACGGCAUUUGAAGACUUUAGAGAGCAAGCCUCGCGAAGAAAUCAAAAUCAUCAUUGAUAUUGGUAACGGGUCGGCUUUGAUUACAACAGCAACUUCUUGGGAGUCGACUCCUUCGACAUUGCUACCGCAUCUUGCAGAGGAGACUCGCGACAAGGUUUUAAUUGCAAAGGUAAAUCACGAACAGUAUUGGGAUCUAACUCGAGCGCUGGAAAAAGAUUGCACUAUUGAAUUUUUAACAUUCGACCACCCAAAGGCCCAGCAAGCGUUUUGGCGAUCAUCUGCUAGCUGUUUAGCUGAACUUUGUGAGCAAGAAUACCAGUGUAUUCUGGCCGACUGUACAACUACCAACCAGGGACUUUUUUGCGACAUGAGAUUUCCUGCUGAACGCGCUAUAACCGAGGCUGAUCGGGAGUUGUUGAACAAGAGAGUGGUGCAGCUGUCGCAAACGUCCCGAGGCUUUGACCGCUUGGAGGUUUCGAAAGAGACUCUAGAGAAGAUGUUUUCCUUCAACAAAUAUAAAAUGCAUACUAUAAGCAGUAUGGCCGAGGGACAGAUGGCUACAAUUUAUCGCGGCGGAACUUUCGUGGACAUCUCUGAUGGCCCACAUAUCCCAAAUACCACAAUGAUCAAGGCUUUCAAAGUGUUCAAGGGUUCAUCGGCAUAUUUCCUGGGUGAUCAAACUCAAGAUUCACUCCAGCGCAUACGGGCCAUCGCAUUCCCAGAAAAGCAACUCAUGCAAGAGCACCUCAAAGGCUUAGCGCAGGCACAAAGCGAGAGCCAUAUCAGAAUUGGACAGGAACAGGGUCUUUUUACAUCUCACGAGCUCUCCCCCGGAUCUCCAUUCCUUCUUCCGCGAGGUACGCGGAUCUUCAAUGCGUUGCAGAAGCUUCUGAGAAAGGAAUACCACCAGCGAGGAUAUAGCGAGGUUCAAACACCUAACAUGUAUAAUUCCUGUCUUUGGAAGACAUCUGGUCAUUGGGCUCACUAUAAAGAGGACAUGUUCCGCUUCAAUCUUGGGAAAAAGGAGUGGGCGCUUAAACCAAUGAAUUGCCCUGGUCACUACCUGCUAUAUACGCAGCAGCCCAGGAGUCACCGUGAUCUGCCCAUCCGGUAUGCUGAUUUUGGCGUUUUGCACCGCAAUGAAGCAUCAGGCGCUCUUCACGGUUUAACACGUGUGCGGAAGUUCCAGCAAGAUGAUGCGCAUAUUAUCUGCCGGUCAGACCAGAUUGUCUCUGAGAUUGAGGGCAUCUUCGAUCUUCUCAAAUCAGUGUACGCCCUUUUCGGCUUCACGUUCAAAUUGACUCUCUCAACCCGGCCCGCGAAAUUUCUCGGGGACAUUGAAACCUGGAAUGAAGCUGAAGAUCAACUCCGCGAAGCUUUAACCCGGUUCAAUGGCAAUGAAUGGACCGUGAACCCCGGUGAUGGGGCAUUCUAUGGCCCCAAGAUCGAUAUCACAAUUGCCGACGCUCUCAAAAGAGAACUGCAGUGUGGCACUGUCCAAUUGGACUACCAGGCUCCAAUAAACUUCAACAUGAAAUACACCACCGAAGAAACGGGCGAGAAGAGAACUGCCCGGCCAGUCGUCAUUCAUCGCGCGAUUAUUGGAAGUUUCGAGCGGUUCUUGGGUAUUCUUAUUGAGCAUUUUGCUGGCAAGUGGCCAUUCUGGAUAAGUCCGCGACAGGUGCUUAUUGUACCUGUUUCAAGUGCGCAGAAUGCGUAUGCAGAGGAAUUGAAGCGGGUUUUGACGGUUGAUAAGCUACAUGUCGAUGUUGAUCUGAGGGAUUCGACGUUGAAUAAGAAGAUCCGCACUGGCCAGCAGGAGAAAUACAACUUCAUUUUUGUUGUCGGCUUUGAGGAACAGAGGACUCGGACUGUUAAUGUUCGUAACCGUGAUAAUCCCGAAUCUCAGGCACGGGGUGCGCCGAUUGCCUUUGACGAGGUACGCACCCAGUUGAAAGCUUUGAGGAAGGAGCGAAGGCUUGAAAAUGUACUCUGA